UAGACCAGCGGCAGCGGCGGCGGCGGCAGCGGUGCUGGAGGCGCAGAGGGCGGCGCAGGCGGAGCCGGGCGGGCGGCGCGCGAGCGAGCCAGCGGGCAGCUGGGCCGACGGGCGAGCGGCGGCAGCGGCGGCGGCGGCGGCACCGGCACCCCAGGCCGAGCCGGCGCGGGAGGAGUUCCAGGGCAAUGGGGCCGCGGCCGGGGCUGACGCUUUGACAGCUGGAAAGAGCGCGGAGCCAGCGCCUGGGGGGGAGGGAGGGGAGCGCGGCUAGGAAAGCGCGAGCGAGUGAGCGAGCGAGCGCCGGGGAGGGGGCCGGGAGCGAGGGGGCAGCUCGGGAGCAGCCGGAGCGGUAGCGGCGGCGGCGGCGGCGGCGAGGCUCGGCGCCCUCUUCUCUGCAAAACAUGUUUGCCAAAGGCAAAGGCUCGGCGGUGCCCUCGGACGGGCAGGCUCGGGAAAAGUUAGCUUUAUACGUCUACGAAUAUUUACUGCAUGUAGGAGCACAGAAAUCUGCACAGACCUUCUUAUCGGAGAUUCGAUGGGAAAAAAACAUCACGUUGGGAGAACCGCCUGGGUUUUUGCACUCGUGGUGGUGCGUAUUUUGGGACCUUUACUGUGCAGCUCCUGAAAGGCGAGAUACUUGUGAACAUUCGAGUGAAGCAAAAGCCUUUCAUGAUUACAGCGCAGCCGCCGCCCCGAGCCCCGUGCUUGGCAACAUUCCCCCCAACGAUGGGAUGCCGGGAGGCCCCAUCCCACCGGGGUUCUUUCAGGGUCCUCCGGGGUCACAGCCCUCGCCGCACGCACAGCCUCCACCUCACAAUCCCAGCAGCAUGAUGGGACCCCACAGUCAGCCUUUUAUGUCACCGCGAUACGCAGGCGGCCCCCGGCCCCCGAUCAGAAUGGGAAACCAGCCUCCAGGCGGAGUUCCUGGGACACAGCCACUGCUGCCCAAUUCCAUGGAUCCCACACGGCAACAAGGGCACCCCAACAUGGGAGGAUCCAUGCAGAGAAUGAACCCUCCCCGAGGCAUGGGGCCUAUGGGGCCCGGCCCACAGAAUUACGGCAGCGGCAUGAGACCACCACCCAACUCCCUCGGCCCCGCCAUGCCCGGGAUUAACAUGGGCCCGGGAGCUGGCAGACCCUGGCCCAAUCCUAACAGUGCUAACUCAAUUCCGUACUCCUCCUCCUCACCCGGUACCUACGUGGGACCUCCUGGUGGUGGCGGCCCCCCAGGAACACCCAUCAUGCCUAGUCCUGCAGAUUCAACAAAUUCCAGUGACAACAUCUACACAAUGAUUAAUCCGGUGCCGCCUGGAGGCAGCCGAUCCAACUUCCCCAUGGGUCCAGGCUCGGACGGCCCGAUGGGGGGCAUGGGCGGCAUGGAGCCACACCACAUGAACGGCUCAUUAGGGUCAGGUGACAUAGACGGACUUCCAAAAAAUUCUCCUAACAACAUAAGUGGCAUUAGCAAUCCUCCGGGCACCCCUCGAGACGAUGGCGAGCUAGGGGGGAACUUCCUCCACUCCUUCCAGAAUGACAAUUAUUCUCCAAGCAUGACGAUGAGUGUGUGACCCCCCUCCUCUUCUCCGAGACGCUGCGCGAGAGCCGGCAUUACAGGCGGGAAGAUGCCAGAAGUUAUGCAAGAAGAAGUGAGGUGUCGUUACCCAGGAGCUGGGGGAGGGGCGCCUCCCGCUCCCCCCACCCCUCCCCGCCCCCCCGUCCCAGUUUUAGUUUUCAUGCAAUAAAAAGGCUGAACUUUUUAUUCCGUAAAACAUGAAGGACAAAACUCAAAAAUAUAUUUCAGGUCAAUCACCAGAAAAAUCCCUCCCCCUUGCCUUUUCCCAAAAGGACCGUUAAUGUACAUGACACUUUUUUGUUGUUUUUGUUUGGGGUUUUACCGUUGUUGGGAUUUUUUUUAUUUUCGGGGGGUUUUUUUGGGGGAAAAAAUUUUUUUAAAUGGAAGCUUCGAGCAAGCCUCCCCCCACCCCAUCCCAAUCAACCUCUUUGCUUUCUUCUUAAAAAAAAAAAAAGAAAAAGAAAAAAAGGACAAAAAAAAAUCCAAGCCCUUUUGUCUGUCUGUACCCAAGCCCUUCCACCAGGAAAGCUAGUCUAGGUGUGAGAUCUCACCUUUGUAGCCAUCUAAAACCGUAAUUAUUAUAAUAAACUGGGCAGUUUACAAUC